AUGGGAAAUUAAUGCCAAGGCAGAGAUGAAGAAAAAACUUAAAAAUCCAAUAAAGCUUUAACGUAAACCAUGCAAACAAAAAAACCUAAAAUAAGUAUAUAAGAUUUCAAGAAAAUCAAAAAACUAGGCCAAGGAGCAUAUGGAUCAGUCUUCUUAGUUGAUUAUAAAUCUUAAUAAUAUGCUAUGAAAGAGAUUGCUAAAUCAAGAAUUUAAAGGGAAAGUACUAAGAAUCACAUUGAAUCAGAAAGACAAAUUCUAUCAUAAACUAAAAGUUAAUACCUUGUAGAACUUAAAUAUGCAUUUCAAGAUGAUAAAAAUCUAUACUUGAUUGUUAAUUAUGUGAAAGGAGGAGAAUUAUUCUAUCAUAUAAGAGAAGCAGGUUAUUUUAAUUUAGAAGUUUGCAAGUUUUACUCAGCAUAAAUUUUCAUGGCCUUACAAGAUUUACAUAAUUAGAAUAUCAUAUAUAGGGAUUUAAAACCAGAAAACAUUCUACUUGAUGAAAAAGGCCAUGUUGUUUUAACAGAUUUUGGAUUAUGUAAACAAUUAUUAAAUGAUGAAUUAACAAAAAGCAUGUGCGGGACUCCAGAAUAUUUGGCCCCAGAAGUUAUAACAUCAAGUAAUGGAUAUUCUUUUGAAGUCGAUUACUACAGUUUAGUAAAUUAUGGUAUUAUUAAACAUAGGGAUGUAUAAUAUAUGAAAUGUUGACUGGUAAACCUCCUUUCUACUCUACCAAUAAAAGGCAAAUGUUCCAGGAUAGAUUAAAUAAAUAGGUUUAACUACCUGAUACAUUUGAUGAAACUGUCAGAUCUUUAAUUAAAGGAUUGUUAGAAAUUGAUGUAAAUAAAAUUUUAUUAUAAUAAUUUAGCCUUAGUAAAGAUUAUAAGGGAACCAACUUAAAGAACAUACAUUUUUUGAAGAUAUUAAUUUUGAUGAACUUAGGAGUGUAAAACCUCCAUACAAUUUUGAUUCACAAACAUCUAGAUACUUUGAAUAAUUCACUAAUAAGACUGCGUUCAUAAUAACUUAAUCAAUAAAACCAAACAAAAAUUUUCUUGAAUUUCCAGGAUUUACUUAUGAAAAAAACUGA